CGGACCCCACCUCGGAGAAAGUGCCGAGUCCCAGCAGUCAGUAUGAGUAGGCCGAGGCUUGCCGAGGAGUAUUCGAUGAUAACUAGGAAGAUCUGCGGAUAGCAACGCUUGAUGAUAUCUGCAAUUGAAAAAGAGAAGUCGAGAGAGGUCGAUAAAAUCAAGGAAGCCUUGGUAGUCUCGUCACACUCGCUCUCAUGCAUCCUUAGAGCCGGGUAUCAGCUUAGUGUCCUGCUGCUUAGCUUGUUCUUUUCCUCUACACGGUUGACCAGACCGCGAACACCAAGCAGUCGUGUGCUCAUAGAGCAUAUCCCCCGCCUCAACCUUCUUUCAACGCGCAUCCGAGAUCAUGCGCAUCCUGAUUACUGGAGCUGCCGGAUUCGUCGGCCAGCACCUGGCCAAAGUCCUCCUUAAUGACGAGGAGGGGCGUCAUACCGUUAUCUUGACAGAUGUUAUCGAGGCCCCCAUUCCAAAGGGGACGAAAUGGCCGCAGAAUGCCAAGUCUAUCAAGGCAGAUCUCCUCGCCGGCUCGCAGAACGUCGUCGACGAGGGCUUAGACGCGGUGUUCGUCUUCCACGGUAUCAUGUCGUCGGGUUCGGAAAGUGAUUUCGACCUGGGGAUGAAGGUGAACUUUGAUGCCACCAAAGCACUCCUCGAAGUCCUUCGCCAGACUUGCCCCGGCGUGAGGGUUAUCUACACAUCCAGCCAAGCAGUGUACGGCGGCGACAUCGUCGAACCCGUGACCGAGGCGACCCGCCCUACGCCCGAAAGCUCGUACGGGUGCGAGAAGAUAAUGUGCGAAUAUCUCAUCACCGAGUUCGCCCGCCGUGGUUUUAUCGAUGGCCUCAUCCUCCGCCUUCCUACGGUGUCGGUGCGGCCGGGUAAGCCUACCGCCGCGGCGUCGUCCUUCCUUUCGGGCAUAAUACGGGAGCCGAUGCAAGGUCUUCCCUGCGUGGUCCCCCUGAAAGACCGCGCCUAUCGCCAUUGGCUAUGCUCCCCGCGCAUUCUCGUAACUAACCUUGUCCAUUCUCUUACUAUUCCGCGGGAGGCGUUGCCCGGCUACGACCGCGUCGUCAACCUGCCUGGCAUCGGGGUUACGGUGCAGGAUAUGAUGGAUUCCCUAGCAAGGGUGGGGGGACAGGACAAACUCCAGUAUGUGUCGGAAGAGGACGACCCCAAACUAAAGCCAAUCCUCUAUUCUUGGCCCACGCUUUUCGACAACACUAGGGCUUUGGGUCUAGGCUAUGUGCGAGACACGUCUUUUGACGACAUCGUAAGGGACUUCAAGGACAGCUUGGGAAGCGCCUAAGCUUGCGAAUUUCCCCCUCCCUUUCGAAAGUGUCCCAACGCUUACCUGCGUGUACCCAACACAUAAAACUUGCAAAUAUCUAACUAGAACAACACGAUAAAAAUUCAGCCAGUCAACCAAGUAUAUGUAGACGGAAGUAGAAAUAAAUCACGGUCACCCCUCCAAAUUCACCAACUCUUCCGGCCUACUGAUGGGGAUAUUAUUACCGCGUUCCGUGCUAGCGAAGGAGAACCGCCUUAAUUCAGCUCACCACCCUAAUAAAGGCCCCAAGAAACCACAGGCUGCUAUGCCUUGCCUGUAG